AUGAUGAGGUGGAUUCCAUAUGAAGAGAAUAUAAAAUGGGCUGUGGUUGUAAAUCCGUUCAGGAGUGAUACUUGCGACAAACUUGACAUUUCAGUUGGCGAUGAUGUAUUUAUUUUGCGACAAUGUGAAGAUUGGUUUUAUGGAUUUAAAAUGAAUGUCUGUUCGAGAUUUGGCGUGUUUCCUAAGGCAUGUGUUGCAUUUAAACGGGAUGAUCUAUCUGAUGGGGUCAGUGCUGAGUUACGGAUGAUGGUAGAAAAAUUAAUAUCCAUGUUUGUGUCAGGAAAAUAUGGCAGGAUGAGUAAACACUGUAUGGCUCUUCGUGAUGUUGUUAGUUUGAAGUACGCCCUUUCAGGAAGAAUAACAAAGUUUGACAUUAUUGCUAGCUUAAGAAAGCUUCACACUCAUAUGUCGAUGGUACAGAGUAAACUAUUUUUGCCAUUCAUCAUUCGGGAUGAGAAUUUUAAAUACAUCAAUCCGUACUCCAUAUCUCCCAUAGACUUACACUGGAAGCACAAAAAGCUCAUAAAAGAGCUUGAAGAUUCAGAACUGUCUGCUCAAUGUCCUGCAUAUCAUCCUUUCAAUCUGCGCGUUCGUUUUAAAAAUUUACCUAAAGCAUUUCUAACAAUGUACUUAGUAAGUCAAGUCUUACAAAGCUCUCAGAAUGUAGUCAGUUCACCAGCUAAUUUCAUUCCAAACUUGGAUAUGAAUUUUGCUGUCAAUGCAAGUUCCGACUGCGCGAAUUUUACCUCAUACAAUUGUAUUCAAGAUUCAUAUGAAAGUCAUGUUAGUACAAAAAAUCCUUCCGCCACUGAAUUACAACCUACAUCAUUGCUUAUGCGUUUAACCGAAGAUGUUAUACUGGAUGGUAAUGCUAAAGAUAAUUAUGAAGUUGUUUUUACUAAUCUCGACCCAUUCAAAUACAAAGAAAAACGUAUACUACUACUCGUCACAUUGACUCGUAUUGGACCGAUGCAUUUAAAGCGUACGAAAUCAGGUGGAAAGUCCAUAGCAUUAGGUGUUAAUGAAAAUAAGUCACAGCAAUCGAAUUCAAUGUUAAAACGUCCAGUCGGCGUUGCUUGCCUGGAUAUAACAUCUUCAAUUUUACCGUAUUUUAGUCGUUCCUCCCAGUUAUUUGAUUGGGGAUCUGGCAAAACAAUAAAAGAUGAUAAUUCUAUAUUGGAUCAUAAACGUAUUGUGAAUUUCAAAUUAACUGGUGAACAGUUUUUAUCAGAAGCGUUAUUACGUGCAAUCAACGAUACACAAGUUUUAUCUUGGAGUAACAAUCAAAAUUCAGGUUAUCCUGAUAUGGAUUUAACAACAAUUUUAAGCAUUCCAAGUAUUUCAUUGGAUUCGUCAGAAGUUCCAAAAUUAGAAAUUCAUGACAUCACAGUAUUAAAUCCUUUAGAAGGUCAUCCAUUCAAUCGUGAUGCAUUAUAUGUACGUCGUUAUGCAUCACCUUAUUUUAAUGAUCCUACAGUUAUUAAUAAUAAUGGUGUAACUCAACCACGACGUGAACUUUAUGUUACUUUAAUUUCUGGAAAUUUCUCUAAAGGUAAUAAAACUAGAGAGCAUAAUAUUGAAGUGGAAGUCAACGUCGUAGAUAGUAAUGGGAAUUGGUUAAAUCUGAAUAACUCACCUGAACGUUUAUCACCUGUACACAAAUCAGUCGUAUACUAUCACAAAAAUCAGCCAUAUUGGAGUGAAUUAUUCAUAAUCAAUUUACCAUACUCACCAAUUGAAUCCUCUUGUGUAACAACAACAAUUGAUGAUGUGAAUCAUAAUCUUGAUCGUGAUAAUAAUAAUAACACUGAACGUUCUAGCCAUGAAUCACAGGAUCAGCAACAGUUAUUCAGUGCAAAUCCAACUUAUCCUGGGAUGUUAGCUGGUGUACAUUUGAGACUUUUAUGUCGUCAUCGAUCUACUGGACCGGGUGAUUCUGAAGGUAAAAUUCUAGGAGUUGCAUAUUUACGACUUCAGCCGAAUACAUCUGUGCCAGUUCUUUUGCCUGAUGGAGACUAUCACCUGUAUAUACAUAAGAUGGAUAUGAAUCAAGUGAAUUCAUGUCGUUAUUUAUGCCAACCAUCUUAUUGUGAAGAUGAUGGACCGAUUGCUUAUGGUUUAAGUAGUGGUUCGGGUUCUGGUUCCAGUUCUAUUGGACUUAAUACAAUAAAUUCAAAUUCAAGUGGAUUGAAUAAUAUUCUAUCGUUGCCUAACUUUUCAACAUCAUCAUCGUCACGUAAUCGCAUGGAUACACUACACAUACAAACACUUGUUUGUAGUAGUUAUCAUACUACUGAUGAAAAUUUAACUAAAGUUAUACUAUGGCGCAAUUAUCAAGACGAUAUUAUAGUGUGUUUACAUCAAGGUAUUUAUUUGUCCCGAAAAGAUAAUGAAUUAAGAAAAUUCACUCGUUCAUUAAUUGACAAUAUGUUGCAACUUCUUAUGACUACCAUGGAUGAAACACACCAACAUAUUAUCAAUUUAAACUUAGGUUACAGUCUUCUAAUGGGACUGGCUCGUUGUUAUAAGGAUUUAUCGAUUGAUUCAGUUCGACAAAAAAUAAUAUACAGUUAUUUAAAUGGGCCUGGAUUUAUAUAUUAUAAAAUAUAUAUACCUUAUUUACAAUUAUUAAAUGCUAUGGUAUGUGAAAUUGUCUAUCCAGCAUUGUAUCAAAAUCAUCAUCCUUCACCUAAUUCUACUCUUCCUCAUUCAUCGUCAUCAGCAUACGGAUCUAGUGGUGUUAGUAGUACUUCUAAUCGAUACAAAGUGGAACAUCAGUUUAAUAGUAGUGUUAAUAAUCGGAAUAUUGGCAUGACACCUACAACUGGACACUUUUUUGAUUCAAAAGCUGUACAACUUAUCUUUUCAACAAUACAUUGGGCCUUUUUAAUUAUUGUUCGUUCAAGGCAUUUAGAUGUUAUGCAGUUGAAUGAUAAGGGUCAAAAAGAAGCUGAAUCAUUAUUUACACGCCAGGUCGAAUCUUUCCUGUCUGGAGUAAUUGAUGUGACUUGUCGUACUGAUGAUGUUCUACUGCGCCUUAUUAUAUUUAAACAUGUGCCAGAAAUUAUUAAAAAUUUAACAAAAGUUUAUCCAAAAUUAAAGUUAUCUCAAUUCAUCGUACAAUUAUUAACACGUACAUUAGAAAGUUGUGAGUUACCAAGCCAAAAAAUUCUAACUGAAACUAUUCAUUCAACCUUAUUUACUGAUCCACAAUGUCGUCGUCUAUUAGUACCAAUAAUUCAAACCAGUUUAACGCAUGUUUUUACAUCGAAAUUGGAUAAGGUUCUCAGUUGUAAAAUUAACGAGAAUACAGCUAUAAUGGAUGUUUGGUGUGAUGUAUUGCUGUCAUUUAUGGACAGUUUUACAAAAGCCACUGCAUCAACUACAACAACAUCGAGUUCCUCAUCAUCGACCACUCAGUGCAUUGGUGAUAAUUCUGUUGAUAAUAAUCAUGAAGCUAAUCAGACCGAUGAUAAUAUUGAUAAUACUGAAGAUAAAUCUAAAGCCAUUGCCUCUGUGACAACACCAACAAGGAAAUUAUCAUUUACAUUUGACAAUUCUAAUCAGAAUUGUUCAUAUUAUGACAAUCAAUCGGAUGAAGUGUUUCACUUGUUAAUAAAAUGUAAUUUUCUUCGUUGGACUAUGCAACAGUUGUCACGUAUUCUACUAUUUAUACAUCAACGUAAUUCUACUUUAUGUUGUGGUGAUGAUAGUAGGUCAGAUUCUCUUCCAACUACCGGUAUUAGUAGUAACGGUGGGCACGGUGGCAACGGAUUCGGUGGUGUUUCCGGUGUUGUCAGUGGCAAUAACAAAACAUUAUCAUCAUCUAGUAAAGUUUCACCUAAAAAACGCCUUAUACAUCCUUCCUAUCACCGGUUACAACCAAUUAUGGGAUGUCUAUCCACUGUACUAUUCUCUUCAUUACAAAUGCUUACAAAAUGUAGUUGGAUAAAAUUUUUCAAUCUGUUUAUUAUACCAGUGAAGAAUGUUGCCAAUGUAAUUACUGUCAUAAUUUACAAUUAG